AUGAAUUUACCCCAGUUUGAGCGUUUUGAGUGCCAUGAUGAUCUCGCGACCGUGGGUGUGAGAUGGGGAAAAUACGUGAAACGGCUAGAGAACUUUUUCACUGCAUUUGCUGUAACAGACGAUGCCCAGAAGCGAGCGUUGCUCCUGCACUAUUCCGGUCCUGAUGUGCAGGAAAUCUUUGAAACACUUCCAGACACAGCCACAUCUUACUCUGCUGCCAUUAAAGCGCUAGAGAAACAUUUUGUUCCGUCUGUUAAUGUGGAAUAUGAACGUUAUCUGUUUCGUCAGUGUAAACAAUUGAACAAUGAAACUGUUGCUCAGUAUCAUCUCCGUUUGCAGAAGUUAGCUUCAUCAUGUCAAUUCUCGGACAAAACUGCGGAAAUCAAAUCCCAAAUCGUGUUUGGGUGUACAUCGCAAAAUUUGAGGAGGUACGCACUUCGUGAAACUGUCACACUCGAAAAACUUCUUCAUACUGCCCGCACGCUCGAGCAAUCUGAUCAGUAUGCAGCCGAGAUGGAGAGUGCUACAUCUCGAGAAUCAACUGUCGCUGCUACGCGUCAUGACAAGCCCUCAAAUCCGAACUCUGUCCAACGCCAAUUUCGCACUUGUGGAAAACAGCAAGCGACCAGACAGAAAGUCACAUGCAGGAAUUGUGGUGGUCGGUUCCCACAUCCCGCAGAUAAACCCUGUCCGGCAAAAGGGGUUACGUGCCAUUCUUGUGGAAAAUUGAAUCAUUUCCAGAAGUACUGUUUAUCUAGACCAUUAAAGUCCAAUUCUAUCGCAAUUCAUACUGAACAUACAGCAGCAUGUCAAUGCAGCUGUACUAGCUCUCCGCAGCCUGAGCCUCAGCGUGAUCACCAACCUGCUCAGCAUAGUAAGGAAGAGCAAGCUGAAACAAAGGACUAUGUUUUCAAUGUUAAUUCUUCUUCAGCCAACGGACCGUUUGUUCAGAUUGAGGUCAACGGGAUCUCAAUUUCAGCUUUAAUCGAUUCUGGUUCCUCAGUAACGAUUGUGAGUCAGAACACGUAUCGUUCGAUCACACCAAGGCCUCAUCUUGACGCGCCCUCCGUUCCUGUGUAUGCGUAUGGAAGCACAGUCCCGCUUGAUGUUGUUGGAACAUUCACCGCAUCUGUCUCGUAUAAAUCGAAAACAGUGGAAACAAAGAUAUUUGUUGUCACGCACAGUGGUGAUACACUGCUGGGUUGUAGCACUGCCACUGCACUUGGUCUCCUUCAUAUCACGUACAAUCUUCAGCUAGAGCAGUCGUAUAAGGAUCGUUUCCUUGGUAUUGGCAAACUGAAAGAUCACCAAUGCCAUAUUCAUGUUGAUGGAUCCGUUCCUCCUGUAGCAGUUCCCUACCGAAGGAUUCCCUUCCACAUGAGAAAGCGAGUGGAGCAGGAACUUGACAGAUUGCAGGAACUUGAUAUCAUAGAACCGGUACAUGAUACACCUACUCCGUGGGUUUCUCCGAUCACUGUUGUCCCGAAGCGUAACAGUGAUAACAUCCGCAUUUGUGUUGACAUGCGUCACGUCAACAAAGCUGUGAAGCGCGAACGUCACAUCACGCCAACCGUUGAUGAUCUUGUGUCUGCUUUGAAUGGUGCCACAACAUUUAGCACUUUGGAUCUCAACUCGGGCUACCACCAGCUAGAGCUUGAUGAAGAGUCUCGUCCGUACACAGUGUUCUCAACUCAUGUCGGACUUUUUCGGUACAAACGACUCAACUUCGGGCUCGCAUCUGCAUCUGAGAUCUUUCAGCACACCAUUCAAGCUGUUCUUCAGGACCUACCGGGUGUCUUGAAUAUAAGUGAUGAUAUUCUUGUGUUCGCGAACAACAAAGCGGACCAUGACAUUCGCCUCAAAGCUGUACUCGAACGCCUUCGUGAGGUGAACCUGACCUUGAACAAGGACAAAUGUGUCUUUGCUGCUGACCGUGUCACAUAUUUUGGUCACGUUUUCUCAUCCAAUGGCAUUAGCGCUGAUCCGAGAAAGAUCGAAGCCAUCCGAGCGGUACCUGAACCUCGCACCGUGUCCGAAGUCCGCAGUUUCUUAGGCAUGGUUAAUUACUGUGCCAGGUUCAUCCCUGGUCUGGCCUCGAUUUCAGCACCUCUUCGCCAUCUCACUAAGUCGGAUAGUGAAUGGGAAUGGGGUCUUGCCCAAGCCGACGCCUUCGCUCAGAUCAAGCAAAGAGUUUCGCAACAAUGCACCAUGGCAUACUUCAAUACGGCCAGCACCACUGAACUUAUCGUUGAUGCCAGUCCUCAUGGUCUGGGAGCACUUCUUGUUCAGCAUAACAAGGAGAACACGGUUCCUGUCGCGUUGGCAAGCAGAGCCCUCACAGACGUUGAAUCUCGAUAUUCGCAAACAGAGCGUGAAGCCCUAGCCAUCACAUGGGCUAUUGUCCAUUUUCAUGUGUAUUUGUAUGGUGGAUCGUUUGUAGUCACAACUGACCAUAAGCCGCUAGUAUCGCUCUUCAACAACUGUCAUGCUAAGCCACCGCUCCGUCUUGAAAGAUGGAUCCUGAAGCUGCAAGCGUAUGACUACACCGUCCAGUAUCGUCCUGGUCAGCAUAACCCCGCUGACUACCUCUCGCGACAUCCUCAGCUAUCGGUGAUGAGCGUAUCCGAUGAUCAAUCCAUGGCGGAAGCUCAUGUUAGUUUUGUGGCACAUCAUGCAGUUCCGAAGUCAGUAUCAAUGUCCGAAAUCGCUGAAGCCACAAAACAGGACCCAGUCCUACAGCACGUCAUUCGCACCAUCAAGAACAACAACUGGCAUGACCUUCUUGCGAACUCUACUGAAAACCAAUCAGAACUCCAGAGCUUGUUCAUUAUUCGCGAGGAAUUGACAGUGGAUGACAAUUCUCUUCUCCUCCGCGGACAUCGCAUAGUAGUCCCGCAGUCUCUUCGUAAACGCAUCAUUGAUAUUGCACAUGAGGGACAUCAAGGCAUCACAAAGACAAAGAGUCUUAUCCGUGAAAAAGUGUGGUUUCCCUCUAUUGACAAGAUGACAGAGAAAAUUGUUCGUGAUUGUAUCACAUGCCAGUCUAACACAAUCGAGCAUGUCAAAGAGCCUCUGCGCAUGUCCCCUCUGCCCCAAAAAGCGUGGUCAGAACUUAGCAUUGAUUUCGCUGAUCUCCCGUCAGGUGACCACCUGCUUGUUGUUAUAGAUGACUAUUCUCGUUUCCCCGAGGUUGAAAUUGUCUCAUCUACUUCAGCUCAGCAAGUCAUCCCCAAGCUAGACCGAAUUUUCUCAAGUUUCGGCGUUCCUGAUAUCGUCCGUACGGAUAAUGGGCCUCCUUUCAACAGUCGUGAAUUCGCUGACUUUGCCGACUACCUGGGUUUCAAGCACAGAAGGGUAACCCCCAGGUGGCCCCAAGCGAACGGUGAAGUUGAAAGAUUUAUGAGAACACUGAAGAAAGCCUAUCGCUCUGCCAUCGCUCAAAACAAAUCGUGGAAGCAAGAGCUCUACAGAUUUCUUCGCAAUUACCGCGCCACGCCGCAUACCACGACUGGUGUCCCCCCUGCCACACUCCUGUUUGGCAGACCUGUCCGUACUCGCCUCCCUGAGCCUAUAGUUCCCGUCUCCGACAUUCAAGAACGAACUUCGGAUAAUCAACUCCGCUCUCGCGAUCGUGGCAAGAAAGCGAAAAUGAAAGCGUACGCGGAUAGUCACGGUACAACACGCGAGAAGGAUAUCGAUGUAGGAGACACAGUUCUUGUCCGCCGUGAUGGUAUAGUGUGCAAACAUCAGUCCCCGUACCUUUCCACACCAUACAACGUAGUUAGGAAGAAAGGUUCACGAAUCACUUGUAACCUCGAAGCCUUUGACAAGUGGCUACGACGAGACGACAUCGACUUGGAAGAAAACUGUUACCACAAGUACUUAGCAGGGGCCGUUAGCAGUUAUCUCCGUGAACAUGCUGGUAAAUAUAGCGUGCCUCAUUUAAAAAGUCUCAUGGAAUAUUGCAUGGACCAGGAGCUUGAACGCGAUGUGCUGUCCCUUUCAGUGCAUGGGAAUAUCCUCUAUAACAUCAUCAAUGGAUUCUUCUUUAGUAUUACUGAAAAGUUAAAGAUCUUCAAGGAAAUUUUGCCUUACGUGGUGAAGCUGCUCUUGGGUGACGUCAUAAAUUUAAAGAACGUGGCCGCGUAUGCCAUAGGAACUGUCUACGAGAAUGGUGAACUACUGGCUCCGUAUGGUGAUGACAUAGCAGAUGCUUAUCUGGACAACAAGUGCGAAGGAAAAACCGCUAGUAGUGAGUAG